AUGCCAUCCUUUUGUGCAGCCUACGGAUGCUCCAAUACCCGUUCUCUCGAAACGAGAACCCGUGGGAUCACCUUUCACCAGUUUCCCAAAACCGGAGAGAGGAGGAGGAUGUGGGAGGUUGCCCUAAGAGGAGACCGUUUUGCUGCCUCUGACCGUACAACGCUCUGCAGUGAGCACUUCAGGAGUGAGGACUUUGACAGGACGGGGCAGACUGUCCGGCUUAGAGAUGGCGCUGUGCCAACCAUUUUAACUUUCCAGGGGGUAUGUGGAGCCACUGGAGAGAGGAGAUUGGAGCGCAAGCGGCAGGCCACUGACCACUUCUAUGCAUGGCCUGCUUCCCCUAAGGCUAUAAAGGCCAAACUUGAAGAAGCCUCAGCGAGAGUGAGGAAACUGCAGCGGGAGAAGACUAAUGCCUUUAGGAGAGAAAAUAGGGCCAAAAACAACAUGCAGGCUCUUCUGGAGAAACUGAAGGAGAAAAAUCUCAUCAACGAAGAGCUGAAAGACAAGCUUGAAUGCUACUCAGAUCAUCCGGUUCAUCUCCUGUCGAGGCAGGGCGUAGAGUACACCAAGGCCCAAAGAGAUUUUGCCCUAACGCUCCAUCUGCAUGGUCCAAAGGCAUAUCACUACCUGAGAGAUACUCUGCAUAUUCACCUGCCACAUCCAAGUUCAUUACAAAACUAUUCUUCGUGA